AUGUCAGAUAUUGAUAAUGAUGAGACAUGCAUUGGAAGGGGGUUUACUAUAACACAUCAAAAAGUAAUGAUUGAUGUUGAUUUUAUAAAUCGGAACUUGAGGGGAUGUACAGAAAUGACUAUUGUUCCAACGGAUCCACUUCUUCGAAAAAUUAGGAUCAAUUCAUAUGAUUGUGAUAUUAUUAGUAUACACAUAAACGAGAUAGAAGCUAGUUUUGAAUAUUUAUUUUCAAAAAAUGAAUUAAAGCUUUAUAAACGUUCUAGUGUUCAUCAACAUCAUUUAUUAAGAAAAAAGUUCGAGGCAUUUCAUGCAACAUUUGAAUAUGGAAAUUUAAGUAUAAAUAUUCCAAAAUCUAUAAAAAUAGAAUCUAAAAAAAAUAAUGAAACUUGUACACAAACAGAAGAAAAAGAGAAAGAUCCGAAUAAUUCAAAUGAUCAAAUAUCAACAAAGGGCAACAUUUUUUCACUUUUUUUACCAAUUGUUAUAAAAAUUAAUUAUUCAGUGAAAAAUCCAUCUACAGGAUUGAAUUUUGUAGGAUGUGAUAUAGAUGAUAAUAAAUAUCCUCAUGUUUUUACAACUCACGUACCAAUAUCAGCAGCUACAUCGAAUUGGUUGCCUUGCAUCGAAGGUAUAUGGGAUAGGUGUACAUGGGAUUUCGAAAUAACUGUCCCAAAAACAUUACGCGAUAUGUGGAUUCUUUCGGAUUCAUCUAAAUCAUUAAAUGGUAAUCAUGUAUAUUAUAAUAAUGACACUAUAGAUAAUGGUAAUUUAUUAAAUGAGCCUAAUGACCAUUUGGAAUUUAAAGUUAUAUGUAUUGGUGAUCAACUCGAUGAAUUUACUACUCCUGAAAAUAAUCAUAAAAAAACUGUUUGUUUUAGUCUUGGUUCUCUUGUUAGUUCUCAAUUUGUUUCAUUUGCAGUAGGUCCUUUCGAUGAAAUCAAUCUAACAAACUUUUGCAAUACUGAUAAAGAUGAUACAAUGGGUUGUGAUUCAGUAGAAGUUUUAGGGUAUUGUCUACCAGGAAGGGUUCUGGAAUUAAGAAAUUCAUGUAUGUUUAUAUAUAAGGCUAUUGAUUUUUUUGUUCGAGAAUAUGGCUCAUAUCCUUAUAAUGUUUUUAAGUUAUGUUUUGUUGAUGAUCAUCCUACAUCAGCAGUACCAUGCGCAUCAAUGGUUAUUGCCAAUAAUAAUCUUUUAUUUCCUCCUGACAUAGUUGAUCCAAUUUAUUCUACAACAAGAAUUCUUACAUUUGCAUUGGCAAAUCAAUGGAUUGGAGUAAAUAUAGUACCAAAACAUUGGAAUGAUAUAUGGUUAACAAUUGGACUUGCAUAUUAUAUCACUGAUUUAUUCCUUUGCAAGUUAAUGGGGAAUAACGAUUAUAGAUUUCGGUUGAAAAAAGCAGCUGAAAAAGUAUGUGAAGAAGAUAUUGGAAGACCUGCAUUAACUGACCCUAAACUAUCACCUCCUAUUGAUCCUUUUUCUAUUGAGUUUAUAUCUCUAAAGGCGCCUGUUGUAUUAUAUAUUUUGGAGAAACGUUUAACAAAAUCGGGCCCAUCAUGGGGCUUGUCACGUAUUAUUCCAAAAUUAUUUCUUCAAGCCAUGGGAGGAAAUCUAAUAAAUAACACAUUAAGCACAUCCCAUUUUUUAAAAGUUAGCGAAAAAGUAAGUCGAAUAUCUUUAGAUAUAUUUGCACAACAAUGGAUUCAUGGUCAAGGCUAUCCAAGACUAAGGAUUAUACAACGAUUUAACCGCAAGAAAAUGUUGAUUGAAAUAGGCAUUCGUCAAGUUCAAGAUGUUGAAACACCUUCUAAACCUCUUACUGUUACAAGUUUUUUUGAUGAUGCAAAAUAUUAUGUUGAUAAUAUAUCAAAUCCAUCUCCUCUUCCUGUUUUUACGGGAACGAUGACUAUUAGGAUUCAUGAAGCAGAUGGAACCCCAUAUGAUCAUGUCGUUGAAAUAAAAGAAGCAUUUACAAAACUAGAUAUACAAUAUAACAUAAAAAAUAAAAAACUUAGAAAAAAUCAAUCAAAAAAACAAAAAAAAGAUAUAAUGGAUAUUGAUGGACUAGGCGAUAUUGAUAAUGAUAAUGAUUUUGGUGUUCAAUACUUUGGUAAUAUUCUUCAGUCAGAACAGGAGAUGAAAGAUUGGAAAUUAGAAGAAUGGCCAAAAGAGGAUGAAGAAAAAAUGUCAGAUGAAGCAUUCGAAUGGAUUCGUUUCGAUGCAGACUUUGAAUGGAUUUGUUUAAUGUGGGUAAACCAACCAGAUUAUAUGUAUUUUUCACAGCUUCGACAAGAUCGAGAUGUUAUAGCACAAUAUGAAGCUGUACAAUAUUUCUCUAAUUGUAAAGCAAAUUCUGCAUAUUCAACUAUACUUUUAAGAACAUUGAUGGACUCUCGAUAUUAUUAUGGGAUUAGAUGUGAAGCAGCAUUGGCAUUAGUAAAGUGUGCAACUGAAGAGUUGAAUUGGGUUGGAUGGUUCCAUCUUUUUAAAGCAUUCCAGACAAAUUACUGUUUUCCAAAUUCUUCAAUAUCCAAAAGUAAUAAUUUCAGCAAUUUAUCAGAAUAUUAUAUACAAUGUAUAAUUCCUGUAGCCAUGUCAAAAAUUCGAGAUAAAAAUGGGAAUUCAUUAACGCAAGUGAAAAAAUUUCUUGCUGAUCUUUUACGGUACAAUGAUAACUCAACAAAUAAGUUUUCUGACUCAUAUUAUAUUUGCACACUUAUUAAUUCGUUGGCAUCAACAUUGAUUACUGAAAAUAAAGAAUCAUUUGAAUAUAACUUUAAUUUAAAUAACCCGGAAAAUAAAAGUAUUAUAGAAACUAUAUUAUUCGAAAUUGAACGCCUUCAGAAAAUUGACCAGCUUUUACCUUCGUUUCAAAACAUAAUUUCUAUUACAUCUUUAAAAAUAAAAUAUAAUUUAUCAAAAGCAGGAAUUAUUCUUUUAGAUUUUCAAGAAGUUUUACGAUAUACCCGAUUAGCAAAUUAUAGUUUGGUUAGACUUACUGCAUUUGAUAUUCUUUUAAAAUUAGGAGGUCUCCGACAAGGUCCAUUUACUCGUUAUGUUUUUUCCACAAUAUUUAAUGAUAAAUCACCAAUAAUUCGUCGUUAUCUUUCUUAUUCUGUUUCGGAAGCACUUGCUUUAAUGGCAUUGAAUGAUCAACAAAACCAAACACCCGUAACAACAGAACAAAUGAUCAUAGAAGAUGAUAUUGAUAAAGCAAUUGAACAAAAGAAAAAAAUCCUUGUAAGAGCAAAUAUUAGUGGGGCAAUUACAGCGCUCAGACAGGAAGUAAUGGAAGAAGAAACUUUGAAAGAGGAAUUAUGGGCAUGCGUAAACUCAGACAAAUUGGAUUAUGUUAUUCGACUUAAUUUCUUAAAUAUUAUUAGUCUUCUAUUUGAUCCUAAGGAAUCUAGAGUUAUUACUUUAAAGAUUCCUAAUUCCAGACCUAGACUAACUGCACAAAUCAUUGGAGAGGGAAAACUAAUUAUUCGUAAAGAAAUAGCAGAAAAAGAACCUACUGAAAACAAAAAAUUACCAAAAAUCAAGAUAAAAAUUAGCAAUAUAAAAUAA